CCGGGAAAUAUAAAGGUUUGAGUUGCGGAAAGUCUGGUUUGAGACGUAUAUAGCUGAACUACGCGAAGAAUUUAGAAGACGUUUCUGCGAAAAUUCAGUCUGAUGGCUCUAUCAAAACCAGAGACUCUUUCACUGGAGUGCAGUGAGCUCCCUGAUCAGGUUCUGUUUGUGGGAGAAGUAACCUUGGGUGAGAAUGCCAGAGGCAUCAUGCAACAGAAGACCGAAAAGCAGAAGCAGAAACAGAGAAUUUUAAUGGCUGCGGUUGCCCUGCUCAACUCUGGUGGGGGUAUAGUCUGUGCGGAGAUCAAUAAUGAGAACUACAGCUAUCUCUCAGAUGGUUUAGGCCUGGACAUAGAAGAGGCUUUGAAACAGCUGGUUCAUCCAUCAACCUUAGAAGAUUACUUUGGGUUUUCGCAAAUAGGAGUGAACUUCUUCAUUUUCGUGAAAACAUGGAGCUCCACUGGGGGUCGGGUACGUCUUUGUAGUAUUGACACGGGUCUCCGAAUAAGAUCUGGAACAUUAGUUUUAAAUGUUGAAAAUAAUGCAGUAACAGAGUUCUUAAGGAAGCAGAAGAUGAAGAGAAAUUUGGCAAAAGGACAAGGUGAUGAGCCUGUGGCAAAGAGAUGCCGCUUCUUGUCUGGAGAUAGACCAAAUGGUCAGCAGCUGUUUGAAAGACAGGAAGUUCAGCCUGGAGAAAAGUUACCAUUUGGGGAGAGUGUGAAUGUGGAGCUGAAGAGUUUUAGUAAUGGAAAAAACCUUUUUACAAGAUUUAAAGAAAUCAUUCCAAAGUAUGUAAGUGCCUUUGCCAACACUGAUGGGGGCUACCUCUUCAUUGGUGUUGAUGACAAAACAAGAAAAGUUGUUGGAUGUGGCAAAGGUCUUAACAAGGAAUCCAUAAAGACAGAAGUCGAAGUCAUGUGCCGCAAGGUUAUCUCAGUUCACUGCUCAGGCUGCACUCAGGAGAAUGACUGCUCUGUGGAAGUCCGCAUCCUCGACGUUCUUGGGGGAAAUGUCAGUGACCCUCUAUAUGUUGUAGCCAUACACAUUCCAAAGUUUUGCUGCACUGUUUUUGAAAAACAUCCGGAUUCAUGGCACCUUGAGGGCACAGAGGUGUGCCAGAUACAGGCUGCAGUCUGGAUGGAAAAGAUGCAGGUGACUGAUCCAGAGAAUACGGAGUUAUGUGCACAGUUUGAGAAAGUGCUCAGUCAGAAUUCUGCUCCUCCAAAAUGCAAGCCAGUCUAUGGGAUCAAAGAUGACCACCUAAGUUCUUUGCAGCAGAAAUUGUUCCCUGUUUAUGAAGGAAGAAUAACAAUUACACCUGAUGACCUUAAGAAAAAAAUAUGGAAAAAGUAUCUAAACCUUCAAAACUUGAUGCCAGAAAACGGUCGAGGAGUCCUGAUUCUCUCCAACAGCUGGUCAGUUGAUAUUGAUAGACCAAAAAACAAGGAGGUCAUUUGUGAAGCCCUCCUGAUCUGUGAACAGGAUUACCCUAAACUUUUCUUCAUGGUGGAAAAUGGAAGCUCUGGUCUGUGGGAAUAUGCCAAGGAUACUGCCUUCCACCUCAGACAGAAGCUUGUGAAUCUUGGAGGCUAUUCAGGAUGGGUCUGUGUGAUCCCACAACUGGUGAACUGUGAGACAGGGGAGUUAAUACCAAGACAUCAGGGUAGUCCUGAUACUGUGAUAGAGCAUCAGUACCCAGAGUUCUACAAGCCUGAGAACAUUGAGGAAGUGCGAGCCUUACUACGGGCCCUGGUGAUUGUAGUAAUGAGCUUCACUUCAGCACUCAGCAAUCAGUUAGGGCAGGAGUUCUUGAAUUUGCUCACAUCUGAACAGUUCGAAGUAAUUAAAAAAAAUUAUGAUCUAAUGAACAUGAGAAAACUGUUUGUUCACGGCUAUCCUGGAACAGGGAAGACUGUACUGGCAACCCUGGUAAUCAGGAGGAUUAAAAAUACAUUUGGGUGUGAAACAAGUAAUAUCCUUUACAUCUGUGAGAACAUACCACUAAAAGAAUUUAUCAGAAAAGAAGAAAUUUGUCAGAGUGUAACACGGUCAUCCUUCAUGAAAAAGGAAUUUCCAAAUAUCAAGCACAUAAUUGUGGAUGAAGCCCAGAAUUUCCGGCGUGAAGAUGGAGAUUGGUAUAAAAAGGCAAGACAGAUAGUGAAACCAGGGAAUGGUGUGUUGUGGGUCUUUCUGGAUUACUUUCAGCUCAGUCACACAGAACCUGAUGGUUUACCAUCACCCUCAAGACAAACCAAUAAAAUACCUUUAGUGUAUUCCUUGCGGAAUAGCGUGGCUGUGCACGAUGAGGUUUGUAAGAAACUUGACAGCAUAAGAGAGAGUAAAUUUAAACUUGAGAGAGAUAUAAAGGAACACAUGGAGGGAUUGAUUAGGCAGAAGAACUGCAUGCACUCACUUCCAGGUUAUUAUGAAGAGAUCAUCACAACAGAAAAAGAAAAAUUAUCCAUACUGACAUCACUCUUAAGAAACCUGCUAAGACAAGGAAACUCUCCAAAAGAUAUUGCCAUUCUUGUUUCAAUUUGUUUUAGCAUUGAUAGUGUGAAACUUCAUUUGGAAUACGAAAUUAAACUUCCUUUGGGUUCAGCAGAGAAUUUAGAUGAAAAUGUGGUUGUUGUUGACUCAGUUCGCAGGUUCUCUGGUCUGGAGAGAAACAUUGUCAUUCUGAUUAAUCCGGUGGUUCACCGGUUUCAGAGAAAAAUAAAAGACCAAUUUUUGGUUUCGGGCUUCUCCAGAGCUAGAAUACAACUGUAUGUUAUUUUUGUGAAUGGGAAGAGCAACAAUUGAACUUAGUCUGUCAAAGGUACUGCAGUGUAAAUAUGAUCACAUUUUUUGUCCAUCCUAAGCUUUGACCCAGUGUACCUUUGUGCUGUUUUUGGUUAUUGAUAUGUAUAUACAGCACCCUCCACAAUUAUUGGCACCCCUUGUAAAGAUUUGUAAAAAAGGUUAGAAGAAAAUGCACCUUUUGGUGUCACACUGAAAAAAUGAGAAAAUUCCAACCUUUCACUGAAAUAAAUUUAUUCGAAGAAAAAAAAAAACCAACAAAUUAUUUUUUAACAAAAACAGAUAUGCCACAAUUAUGGGCACCCGUGCUUUUAAUUUUUUGUACAACCUCCUUUUGCCAGCAUAACAGCACUGAGUCUUCUAUAACACUUUGUAAGGUUGGAGAAUAUAGAGCAGGGUAUCUGAGUCGAUUCCUCUUUACAGAAUCUCUCCAGAUCACCCAGGGUCAUGGAUUACACCUUGAAGGUCCCUAUUCCCUCCAACCAACUCAAAAAUGUACAAUUUAUAGGGGAAACAUGCUUCAGCUACAUUGUGUUCACUAUAAUUUCCAUAGGUGCCAAUAAUCAAUCGUGACACAUGUAUUUUUGUUCAAAAUAAAUUUCCCUGUGCAUCUUAUUUUUUUUUUCUCAAUGAAAGAUUGGAUUUUUCUCAUUUUUU